CAAGAAAUGAUGGCUGCGUUGCUUUCUGUCUCUCAAUUCUCCUCCCCCAUUAUUCAUUGCUUGCCGUCACUCUCGUCGGUUCAACUGCAUUCACACAAACACCUGUAUCGCGACAUCAUUAACGCUAUCGCAGAGCUUUCUCCUCUUCCAGCGCGCCUUCGCCGACGCGUAGCUCGAAACCAAGCACUCAAAACACCUCAUCGUCAACAUGGAAACCGAAACAGCUGCUCCUCAGACGGAAGUGCCUGUCAAGGUGACAGAACCUGAGGAUCAUGAUGCACCGCCCUCUUUAGCAGAACCUGCCUCUGGCGCAGUUGCUGAAAUGACCGGUGCUCUGUCUACCGAGGAGCCCGUGAAGCCCAAAACUGCCGAACCAACAGAUGCACCUGCUGCUACUGGCGUUGCCGAAGCCGCUCCAGAAGCGCCCAAAGAAACCGAAGAACCUGCCGCCGAAGCAGAAUCGGCACCAGCAGCCCCAGCCCCAGCCAGCGCUAACACAGAAGUGGAAGAGGCGGAUGAAACAGAGCCUGCUCAAGUGGAAACAAAUGGAGCUCUGGUCGAGAAGAGGCCUAGCUCGUUCAAGAGAAAAUCAUCCGGUAUCCCUGAGCACAAGGGCAAGAAGCUCAACAAGAAGAAGUCUAUGCCCAAACUCACCCAUCUGGACGCCAAACCUGGUGAAUUAUACACUGCCAGAUUGAAAAGCUACCCACCAUGGCCAUCCAUCAUCUGUGACGAAGACAUGCUGCCAGACAUCCUCAUCAACACCAGACCUGUAACCACGAAGAAGGCCGACGGGACCUACAAUGAAGCUUAUGCGGAUGGUGGCAAGAGAGAGCAUGAGCGGACAUUUCCCAUCAUGUUCUUGUCUACUAAUGAAUUUGCCUGGAUUCCCAAUUACGAUCUCGCACCACUGAACCCGGAAGACUGCAAGGACAUGCCCGAAAAAGGCAAAACCAAGUCUCUCCUGGCCGCAUUUGCGGUUGCCGCCGAAGGGCAUGAUCUCCAAUACUUCAAAGACAUGCUGAAUGACCAUGCCGCAGCGAUGCAAGCUGAUAUCGACGCAAAAGAGGCUCGUGAGGCUGAGAAAGCUGCAAAGGGUGACAAGAAGAAGCGCAAGAGCGACGCCAAGGUCGAAACAGAGGACGUCGAAAUGGAAGAUGCUGAUGCUGCACCGAAGAAGUCCUCUAAAAAGAGAAAGAAGGAAGCGGGCAGCGAUGAUGAGGAAACCGAAAAGCCUGCGAAGACUCCAAAAACCACCAAAAUCAAGUUGACAACAGGCAAGACCCCUAAAACCGAGCAGAAGAAGCCCAAAGAGAAGGCACCCAAAGCUGAAUCAAAGAAGAGAAAGUCCAAAGCUGCCGCGGAGGACGAGGAAAUGGCUGAUGUUGGUGAACCCGAGCCAGAGGAGAAGCCUUUGGACCCGGCUGAGGAGCGAAAGGCCCGCGAGAAAGAAGUCCUCUUCCUUCGACACAGACUACAGAAAGGCUUCUUGUCCCGAGAUCAGGCUCCACAGGAAGAUGAGAUGCCACAAAUGUCCAAUUACAUCAAAAAGCUUGAACACUAUGCGGAUCUGGAAGUGACCAUCAUCCGACAAACCAAGAUCAACAAAGUCUUGAAGGCGCUCAUCAAGCUCAACACGAUUCCGCGUGAUGAAGAAUUUCAAUUCCGAAAGCGAUCGCUUGAACUUUUGACCGCGUGGAACAAGAUUCUUGGUGCUGAACCACCUGAUGCGGCGGAUAUUGGUGGGGAUAAGGAAGGGAACGCAUCACCUGCAACAAACGGAGUCCAUGCUGAGAAGACCGAGGAUCCAUCAGAAGAGAAGCAGGAAGAUGUUCCAGCUCCAGCUGGCAAGCUAGCGGUCGAGGUCGAGGUCGAAAAGGCCGCAGAUACCAGCGCAGCCCCAGCUGACGCCGUCGAGGAGUCAAAGCCAGCACCGGCAGAGGAACCUGCUGCAAAGCCCGAGGCGUCCGUCCCCGAGGUUGUAGAGAAAGCGCCAGAGUCUGCUGCAGCUGCUACCGAAGCUAGUGAGGUUGUCAAAGCCUCGGACUAGGGUAUGGGAUGUGAUACAGUGACGUCGUACUCUGGGCUCGGAGUGAGGACACAACUGAUGAGGUGUUUGAGUUAUUUUGUGGUUUCAGAUGCAGGAGAGGUCAAUAUGCGGUCCCAGAAAGGUGCCGUAGGCAAUUCGAGGGCACGAAACUACGAAACUACGAUGCACAGGGGAGCUGGGGACAGCAACUUAUUCCUCUUGACUAGCCUUUCAGCAAAUAUUUUAGGAAAUUCGAAUCGUUAAAAGUUGCAAAUAAU